GAGGGGAGAGGGAAGGAAGGAUUGCUCAAGGUGAAAAGAGGCAAAUCCAGGGAAAGUUUGGGUGGAGCAGGAGGAGAAAUGGGCUGGAAACUGGAAAGGUCACAAAGGUUUGGGCCAGGGGUGGGAGAAAUCAUGGAAGUAUCACUUGGAGCAGCCCUGUGGCCCCUGGGGGUGCUUGGUACUGUCUUGUCCCAUCCCAGCCUCACUCAGCUGUGUGUGGUCUUCUCCCUUUGGCUGGAUUUGGAGCAAAGGAGGAGAGAAGCAGCCUCUGCACUGCCUGGAUUCCCAAAUGUGUCACAGCUCCACAGUCAGUCCCUGGAGGAUAUUCUUAGCAGCACAUGCAGAGCCUUCCCCAGGCCUUUGAUUCCCUGGCUUUGAACUGGGGCUCUUGUUGCUGGGAGGGGCUCUGGGAGCAGCAGGGCUGCAUUUCCUGGGGAGCAUCACCUUUCACAGCAGGGAGGAGUUGGUUUGUAUCAGUAACCCGGGGUUUGUUAGCAGGAAAAUGGAUGAAGAUACUCAAUAGUCGAGUCAGACAAGGAAAUCUCUGGGAAAGGCUCGCCUGGAUCAACCUGCGCUUGUUCAAGAUGAUUUUUGGAGCUUGAUCCAGCCCCUCUAAUGGUCCAAGCUGUGUGAGGUUUUUGGAGGAGGAGGUGUUGGAGAGGAUUUCUCCUUCCCCCAGUACCUGGAAGCAGUUCUGAGCCCCACUAAGUUGAGACCCAUGGCUACGGUGCUAAUGUGCCGAAGACUGCCCAGGCUGAGCAGGGUGACAGCGAUUUCCACCACAGCCACGAGCGAGGCCGAGCACGGCAGCAGCAAAAGCAAGAAGGAAAAGAGAGAUAAACCAGGAGCAGCCAAGACUGGGACUCCAGCAGGGGCUACAAUCCAGCUGCUGAAGCCACAGGACUACCGAGUGCUGUACAAUCCAGCUGCCUAUGCCAAAGGCAGGGCUGGCUCCCAGCAGCACGGGGAUAGGGACGGCAGCCAGGCCCUCGGUGACACGUUCGCCAGCCCUGGCACUGCACAGGCUCCACAGACGUUCCCCACUGCCUCUUCCCAAGCUUUGCCACCUGUCAGGAACGCCCUGCCCAAGGCCAAGACCGGCACGCUCCUGGAGCAGACCGUCCUGGCCACGCUGUACAAGGAGGAAGCAGAGAAGGAGAAACGGGAAUUGCACGACUCCAAGGAGGACCCGCGCGCGUUCCAGAAGGGCAGGCCUGAGUACAGAGCUCUGGCCUGUGACAGUGCUGAGCCAGCACAGACCCUCCCUGCAGAGGAGGGGGACUGGAUUUUACAGAGUGUGGCCGGCUGUGAGGGCAGCCCGGGGGUUCUCGGGGAUUAUUUCCUCAAGCUGAGCCGUUUGCCAGCGGAGCGCCGCGCGGCACUGGUGUCGGAUCCCAGGUUCAGCGCCCUGUGUCACCGAGCUGUCACGGCCAUCAGGCUGUUCAGCACCCCAGAUCUCAUCCAGGUUUUAAAGUCCUGUGUCCCUUUGGCCGUGCCAGCCUCCCACCCCCUGCUCAACGCGUGCGAGGCCGAGUUCUGCCGGCGGGCGUGGGACAUGGGCCUGGAGCAGCUGCUGCUGGUGGCGGACUGCUGGCGCUGCCUGGAGCGCAGCGUGCCCUCCUACCUGGGCAUUCUGUUCAGCUACACCAACCUGCACUGGAAGGACCUCACCUUGCCCCAGUUUGUGCAGCUCCUUUACAUCAUCGGCGAAGGCCGGAGGUCGCCCGCGGACUUGGCGCAGAAGGUGGAGAGCACGAUCCUGAAGCACUUGGACGCCUUCACCUUGGAGGAGCUGGGUGCCAUCUGCUUGGGGCUCUUCAAGUCCGUCAGUGGCAUUUCUGAGCGCGUCAUGAGGAGGAUUGCGGACAGGGUGUCCCUGCAGAUGGAGGACAUGAGCACCUACGCCUUGGUGAACGUGCUCAAGAUGCUCCGCUACACCCGCAUGGACCACCUGCCCCUCAUGAGGGAGCUGGGCAGGGUGAUCCCUGCUCGGAUUCCUGCAACGAACAUCCAGGGCAUCAUGCACAUCGCUCUUACCUAUUCAUCCCUGCACUUCUUUGACGAGGAUGUUUUGGCUGCUGUAGCCACCUCGUUGCCUUCCAAGGUGUCCUACUGCCGGAGCAAGGACGCUGCCAAAUUCCUGUGGUCGUUUGGGUGCCUGGACUAUGAACCUCCCAACGAGGAGGAGUUUUACUCCAGCCUGAUCAAGCAAUUGCAUGCAAAACUCCACGAGUUUAGCAAGUUUCCAGAGCAUCUCCUUACUGCUCUGCUUGGCCUGGCUUUUGUCAAACGCUUCCCAGAGGAGCUGAUAGACUUUGCUUUGAGGGAGGAGUUUGUCCAGAAAACCAGAGGUAGCAAAUAUGAGCUCAACAAGGACCUGUUCACCCUCGGUAAGAGCGUUGAAAUCGAGUGCCCGACCUACCAAGGCAGCCACCUGACACCUCAGCUUUGUCAGGAGUUCACUGAGAUGGUCUCAAGCUUUGCAGAGAGGGAAAUCUACGUCAGGCCUGAAAUUGUGGAAGCCACAUCCCUCCUGGAGAGCAUGUUGGGAGGCCCUGAGUACGUGAAGAACCACAUGAUCCUGCCCCACACCAGGUCCAGCGACGUGGAGGUGCGUUUGGCCACGGACGGACAUCCCGUCCCUUUCAACUUCAAGGAUCCUGUGGCAGCCAAGAAGCUGAGAGACGUGGGAGUCAGUCUGACAGAUGAUUUAAUGUCUCAGCUCAUACAGGGCAGAGCUCAGAACCAGAGUCCCGCAGAAGUGGGAAACGAAGCCAGGAUUCCCAGACAGGAGAGAGAGGACGCAACAAGCACACCGUGCUUGGGUGGAGCCCUUCCUGCAGGUGCUGAGCCUAAACCAGGGCUGUGGCAGCCUGGGGAAGUGAGGCUGGCACUGCAGGUGUCCAACAGGAACCACUUCUGCUACGGCUCCAGGCGGCUGCUGGGGCUGCACUGCCUGAAGCGGCGGCAGCUGCGGCUGCUGGGCUAUGUGGUGGUGGAGAUUCCCUUCUGGGAAUGGUUCCCUCUGCUCAAGCGCACGCGCUCCGAGAAGCUCAGCUACCUGCACUACAAAGUGUUCUGCCCAGCACUGCUCCCCAGGGCUGCCUAGUGAGGGCAAGGGCUCGCCCAGAGCCUCCCCAGUGCAUCUCCAUGCCUGGGUGGAAUGGUCUCUGGGUGUUGGCUCAUUGUGCUCUGCGUGGCCAUUUCUGCUCUGGUGACAUCUGUACUUCCCAUGCUCUCCUUUUGUACCUGGAUCCUCAAAUGCUUCCAGCACAAAUAAAAGCUCCUCAUGAUUCA